UAAAGGGAGACAACUAAAAGGAUUUUAAACUCAGGUAAAAUUGGUAUUGAUUGGUCCGCCUGCAAUACCUGCUGAAAUGUAACCACGUGGUGUUGAUGAUGUUGAUUUCAUUUAGUUUAUGUAGUUUGUUUUUAUUAAGCGUAUUUGUUCAGGGUUUUAUCAAUACAUGCUAACGGAUAGUGAAGUAUAUAGUAAACCUUUCAUUAUGUUAUAAGAUUGGACUCUCAAGUAGUAUAUACAAAGACAAAGAAUGUUGAAUUCCACAAAAGAGAGUAAAUUCUUCAUUUGGAAAUUUAAAUCGACAUAAAUAGAGCGGAAUUAGAUUAAAAUGACUAUCUGGAAUACAUAUUAAACAAUUAUGCCAUAGGGAAAUAUGACUUAUGCCUCAAAUGGGAUGCACAAUAACCAUUAGUUCAAGAAAAACCCACGAUGUUAUAAAACCAAAAAUAGCAACAAUAACUGACAACUCAUCUGAACAAACAGAAGUCCGAAAGGACAAGCUAACACCAAGGAACUGGACAAGUGUGGUCAAGGCUGGGGGCAUCGGAGGAGGGGCCGGAAAGGCAAGGAGAAAUGGUAAACUGUUUGUUGAUCCAGACUUUCGCGCUGAUAUGUCUUCCAUUUUUAAACAUAAGGUGACAGCAAAGAAGAUAAUCUGGAAAAGACCUAAUGAAAUAAUUUUUAAUCCCGUAUUAGUAUCAGACGGAACCAGUCGACAUGAUAUGAAGCAAGGAGAGUUAAAUGACUGUUGGUUCCUGUCAACCCUGUCUGCGAUUGCGGAAAAGCCACAGUUAAUGGAAAAGAUCAUACCAGUAGACAAUACAUUCGGAACUCCAUCAUACAAUGGGAAAUUCCACUGUCGGUUUUGGCAGUUUGGAAAGUGGGUUGAUGUAUAUAUAGACGAUUUAUUACCAACUGUGAAUGGAGAUAUACUCUUUGCUCAUUCAUCAGAUCCUACAGAAUUCUGGGUGUCAUUAGUUGAAAAAGCCUAUGCAAAACUAAACAGAUCCUACGAAGCAUUGGAGUAUGGUUUCGAAGCUGAUGCUUUCACUGAUUUGACUGGGGGACUUGCCGAGUGGUACAAUCCUGCUGAUUUAAAAGAAGAAGAUUUCUACCUCAUAAGAGCAGCAUUUCAGUGCGGAGCUGUAAUUGGAUGCUUGAGUGUUGGAUGUCGAAUAAGAAUCAGAGUUGAGGAUAAAGGCGAUCGUGAUGAAAGAGAAAAGAAGGGAAUGGUGUCUAACCACAGUUAUGUCAUUACUGGAGUUGAAGAGAUACCUUACUUACAAAAUACUGCUAAACUAAUCCGAAUGAGGAAUCCUUGGGGGGAUACAGAGUGGAACGGUGCUUGGUGUGACGGGAGUGACGAGUGGUGUCACGUACCUGAAUCUGUGCAAUUAGAAUUAGAAUUAAAGACACAAGAUGACGGGGAAUUCUGGAUGAAUUAUAGAGACUUCCGGAAAGAAUACUGCAAUAUGAUUGUUUGCAACUUGUCUCCAGAUUUUGAUCAUGAUGGGAUAAGUGACAAAGCAGAGUAUCAGUUGAAUCUUUAUGGUAGAUGGGUACGAGGUAUCAAUGCUGGUGGAUGGCUAGAAUGUGAAAGCUUCCAUACAAAUCCACAAUACAUACUUACGCUCCAUACAGACAUAAGCGUUCAGCGACGAUUUAAUGGUCGUCUUCCGGUUGUUGUAUCAUUAUUACAAGUCUUCCAAAGGCAGCAUAAAUUGGAUGGCGGGGAAAUGUUCGCCAUUGGAUUUGAAAUUUUUCAGCUUUUUAACCGACCAGCUGUAGCACUAACCAAAACAUUUUUUGAUCAUAAUGAUCCACUUAUGCCUGAGAAUGAAGAAACCUAUGCUGAAUACAGAGAGACCUCUGGUCGAUUCUUCCUUGAUCCUGGCCAAUACCUCCUUGUACCAACUACUCAGCAAAGUAACCAACAACGGUCGUAUCUCUUGCGAUUGUUUAGUGUUAGCAGGAUGGAAUGCGUUCCUCUUGACAACGUAAAAGAAGGUUUGAGUGAAGAGACUGUGACGCCAUCUUCACACCAAAGGCAUUGAUCAAAGGAAGAAGUUAACUAAAAAGCUAAUAUAAAUGUACAUUCCGCUAUUAUAACGACUAAUAUAAUGUAAUAUUUAAGAAUCUGUAGUCGAAAACUAACUCUUCAAGCAGACACAUUACUUUUGUUGCUUCUUAGAUGUUCAAGAUGAAUAUUCCAUUGACACGUGCCCAAAGAAAAGAUAAUCCAGAUAGAGAAAUCGGGGUAGAAAGAAACAAUUCAUAUUUUUACAUUAACAGAUUAAAAUGUUAUGAGGCAGGACCAUUAAUAUAUAUAGGUAAUCGAAACUAGGUCGGAAUUUCAUUCUCACAUUUUGUAUAGCUGGAAACAAACUUGAUAAUAGUAGAAUGAUAAGCGUACUGGUUACCAAAUAUUACGUUUUUCUAAGCCGUUUAAUGUGUAUGAACAAUUGCUUUUUAAGCACAUUUUGUAAAACAAAUUAAUCCUAAAUCGUUGGUCCAUUUAAUCGUUGGGGUGAAUAGCUAAAAUAGCUGCGUAUUUCGCUAUGUUUUAUUUUAAAGCAAUCUUACGAGUUUGUCUGUGUUUUUUUAGAAAAUGAAUUCCUUCUUAGUCUUACAAUAUCGUUAACUUUUGAAGAAAAAAAACCUAAUGUCUUGAUAUAACUAACCAAAGAUACGUGCUUAUAAUUUCAACUAAGAUCGCGCAUAUCUAUUUUCUUCAGUCUGUAUACUGCUCGCGUGAUAUGUUUUUUUAUAGUAUACGUGUGAUUAGGCAAAAUUUCUUCACAUACAACGAAUAUGAAUAAGAGUUUAUUGGCUGGAACAUAAUGCUGUCCUGGUUUUGUGUGAUACAUUGUUAUGAAAGAAUGCAAAGGAAAUAGCAAUUAUGUCAUAUCGAGAUGGCAAUUCUGGGGAACUUUAAGCUGGGAUAAUAAUGUGAAAUCCUUUACAUUUUAAUUUUACAAUAGAUACAUUAGUUAAUUGCACAAUCUCAAAAAUCUUUAAAAAGUAAUUGAAUUUAAAAAAAAUACUUAUAGUGCAAUUAUUGUUACAAUGAGUAUCACAGAUAGCAAAAACUACAUUCAGACAAUGACCAUACUCUUGUUCAUGUUAGUCAAGCUAAAGUAGUAUAAACUCAUAUAUAUAUAUAUAUGUUGUGGAAAUUAAUUAAUUAUUAUGGUAAUGAGCUUUCUAACAAAAUUAAUAUUCAAUACACGUUCAAUUUAUUUGCAAAUAAAAAUCAUGUCCUAAUGCAAGUGCCAAAUCAUACUUUUUUCAAUGUAUCCCUGUAAAAGAAUAAUGGCAUUAACUACUCAAGGGGUUAUGCAUUAAAUUUGAGUGAUAGAAAAACGUCACUUAUUUGUCUGUAUGUCUUUCUAAAUUUUUAAAGUGAUACAUGUUCAAAUAUAUGAUAAACUGAAUAAAAUUACCACAUUUUCUUUUUUUAAUGGAAAUUCUACAUGUAUUUCGAAUAACUUUGCAUAUUUGUAGUUAGUGAAGACACUGAUACAUUUACUCAGUCAACCAAUUCGGGAUGAUGACCGUAGAACUCACGCAAUGUCUCUUCCAGUUGUUUUUAUAUUAAAUAUAAUGUUAUUGACAUCCGCUCAAACAGAAGGUUGCUGCUUACAAAUUGAAAGUUUACAAUUGGAAAUUAUCACGUUUGUCAUAAAUUCUACUGCGAAGUCGCCAAUCUGUGGUCAUACAUAAUACAUAAACAAUAUAACAGUAAUAAUUAAAAAUUUUGACACCAUCUACCAACGAAAUUAAAUAUGUUACUAGUACCAUUUUCAAGCCAAAUCUUUGUUAUUAAGCCAGAAAUGUAUAUUAUAUAUUAUUAGUAAGAACAUAUGGUAUUGUUGGUAAUGCAUUACUAUAAAACAUAAGUUUAAUUUUUUCAGUUAUUUUUUAUCUUUUGACUGUAAAAAUCAUUAACAGAUUUCUUCAAAAUAUGUCCAGAAAUCGCUGCAAUAACGUUUGACAAAUACUUCCAUAGCUAUUCGUAGUAUAAAGUAUAUGCAUCAUCGUAAACGUGUUUAUUUGUUUAAUUCUGCUGACAAAUAUGAAUUGUUGAAUAUUGUUUACACUGUCUAUCAUAAUAUGCAAUUCUAUAUAAAACAUAUUGCAAAUUUAUUUAAACGUGGCCAAAAUGUUCUAAGAAAUGAAGUCAAAAUGCAUUUUUCAUUUAACGUUAAUAUAUACACAAAUAGACCAUUGAUCAAUGUUAUGUUUUAUUCUUUUUAUAAAGAUUAAAUAAUGAUCUAUAGCAAAAUAGCUGUUACGAUUUUCGAAAUGAUUAUGAUGGGAUUCGCUUGUUAUUGAAGAGUUAUUUACACUUUGUCACACGAGCAAUGAUACAUUGCAGUUGGAUAAAGUUAAAAAUAUGUUUAUUUUUUAAAUUGUCGUUACUGAUACGCAGUAUGGGGAGUCAUCAAAUUUUACAUGUAAAUAGCGCAUAUUUAACCAUUAUGUCUUCUUUCCUGUUCAUAAUGUACAUGCACAUGUCACACAUUGUUUGAUUAUUAUUGUUUUUAUACUUUCAUAGUCACAAGGUAUAUCUCAUACACAUUUUAUACAUAAUUAUUGUUUAUAUUCCGCGAACGAGGAUGUGAUUAAAAUUAUCAAAUA